CAUCUGUCAUUACUGCGUUAUCACGUGCUCGUUUCCUUCCUUUUCCCCGGUUCAGAACCGGGGACCAACAAAUUCCGGGCUCCGGAUAGUGGUAAUGAAUAUUCAUUAGCUGGUCCAACGCUUUUCCUUUGGGUGGCCAUUCAAAAAGCACACUUUUGUGAGGCAAAAGCGUGGCCUACUUUGGUAACCGUUUGCGUGACCCCGAACCCGGACUCGAAAUAAUGUUCAACCGCAUCCAGAAACUUCUGCUGCUCGGAGAGUACCGAAAAACCUUGACCGCAUCCGAAUGUGGGGGUGGAAGGAAAGCCGGUGGGUUCUGCUGGGAGGCAGGAAAUUCCAUUGGAAGCGAUGGUGUCAGCGAUAGCCCGGCAGGUGACACAAUUCUGAUCGAAAGUCCAUUUGCCCAGGUGGAUUUGUGUGGCCGAGGCAUUCGAGCUGUGGAACUGGGACUGAGCCACGAUUCGUUGCUGGUGGCUUACGACAACUUUCUGGUCAAUCCGGUGCAACCGGACGGAUCUGUCACUUCGAGCGAUCCGGAAAUGGAUUCCUUGGAGAUGCUUUGCGUGCUUCCACUUCGCUUUGUCAAGCUCAAAGUGGUCCGUCAUGGGGCAGACCGGACAUUGCUCAGGGUGACCCUCGUUACCAAUCGACGUUUGUACUUUGAAUUCGGGGGUGGACGACAUCGCCCAUUGCUGGUCAACGUUUGGCGUGACCGAAUCCAGGAACUGAAAUUGGAAAGAAAAUACACAAAUUGCGGCUCUAGCCGUAAGAGUGAUUCGCCACUAUCGGAAAAGCUCCAGCUCCAAGCCAAACUCCCGCAGCACCUACGCCGAUUUCUAAAUAGCAGCGCCUCCAGUCGGGUAUCAACGGAUACCGAUUCCUCCAUUCAGGAAUGGGAACGGCGCCAUCAGGUGCGGGAAAAAAAGCGACUGGUGGCUCAACUGGCAGCAUUGCUGUCACAUCCGCCAAGCCAUCAAGGUAGUGGUUCAAGCUCCAGUGAUUCGAUAAAUCUUUCACUGUCAAACAGUUCGUCCCGCAGCCGCCGAAAAUCUCGCCGAAAAGAAAGGCGACUCGAUUCGCGGGAACCAUAAAUUGUAGAUUCCCAAAGGGGGCGACACAAUAAAAGCAAAAGAGA